GUUACUAUUGGUGUGUGACUGUAUAAGCGCAUUUUCUGCAAUGUUAAUGUAAAAUAAAAAGCUCUAUUUUCAUAAAGUACAUCAAAGUACAUUGAGAGUUUUUAAUCAAAUCACUAUGAAAAUGAAAUAGUAGUAAUUAAUUUAAAUUAUUUUUAUUAAUUUGAAUGAUAAUAACUUGUAGCGCCAUCUUUACUCGUUUAUUACAGAAUGAUGUCAAAAUUGUCAAAUUAAUCUUGAGGAAAACGGUGUUGUUGUAGUUUUAGUAAAUUUCUUAAAAAUGUACAUAAAAACAAUAGUCCUUUUAUACAUUAUCUACUAUUUUAACGUGGUCUUGGGAAGUUGGAAUACACAGGACUUCCUAAAACGGGAACACAGCCUCUCGAGGCCUUACCAAUCCGCCGGAAUGACUAUACCGUUUUGGGACUUUUCCGGAAGCACAAUGGUUACAAAUAAUUAUAUAAGGAUAACACCUGAUCUUCAAUCAAAAUCGGGGGCUCUAUGGAAUACUAUUCCUGUACAAAUUAAAAACUGGGAACUUCAAGUACAUUUUAAAGUACAUGGGAAAGGUAAAGAUUUAUAUGGAGAUGGAUUUGCUAUUUGGUAUGCCAAAGAUCGUUUAGUGAGCGGACCUGUUUUUGGCAACAAUGAUUAUUUUCAUGGACUUGCUAUUAUUUUAGAUACUUAUAGUAAUCAUAAUGGUGCACAUACACAUCAACAUCCAUAUAUAUCAGGAAUGAUAAACAAUGGUUCUUUACAUUACGACCAUGAUCGUGAUGGGACUCAUACUCAAUUGGCAGGUUGUGAGGCGAAGUUUAGAAAUGUGGACCAUGAUACUCACAUAUCAAUUAAGUAUGAAAAGGAUACAUUAACAGUAUCAACUGAUUUGGAAAAUCGCGCCGCUUGGAAAGAAUGUUUUAAAGUAACUGGAGUAAAAUUACCCACUGGUUAUUAUUUUGGAGUAUCAGGAACAACUGGAGAUUUGUCAGAUAAUCAUGAUGUUGUUUCAAUCAAGUUGUAUGAGUUGGAUUUACCAGAUGAUAAUGAUACUGAAGAUAGAUCAAAAAUUACUCCAUCAGCAACAUUUUUUGAACCACCACGUGAUCACGUCGACGAUCCCAAACCAUCGGCUCUCUCAGGGUUUAAAUUAUUCUUUUUAAUGUUGAUUGGUGCGAUAGCGAUAGUUGCAUGUGUAGUGAUUGGGAUCAUGUUCUAUCAAAAACAACAGGAGCAAAGCAGGAAACGAUUUUAUUAAUUUUUUUUUGAUAAGACUGGUAAAUUUUUUUGUCGGUUCGUUUAAACUUAACGACUGAUAUUAUCGUAAAAGAAAUGACUCUAAAACAUGUAGCAUUUUUUUAAUUAGUGUAUAUCACGUUAUAAAAAAGAGGAGGUAAGGUUCGGUAUUUUUUUGAAUUCAUUAUAGUCGCUUUAUUUAUAAUUAAUAAUAUUUAAUAACUUAGAUUUGUUUCGAUUGAUAAAUUGAGCGUUGAAAAAGUUUUGUGGGUGUAUCGAAUACUUUUUUUUUGUUUUUAAUUGUAAUAUUAUGUUAAUAUUAUUGUAUAUUCAAUUGGCUGAAUAAAAAAGAAAACGGAAAGUGGUAAAUAUGACGGUA